AUGCAUGCCAGAAAAAAAGGGAAAAAGGGUGUGGCUUUGAAGCUUGAUAUCAGCAAGGCCUAUGACCGGGUUGAGUGGCACUUCAUGCAAAGUAUUAUGGAGAAAAUGGGAUUCCCAACUGGUUGGAUAGAGAGGGCAACUCAGGCUGAAGGAGAAACCAUAGCAGAAAUCCUCCAAACUUAUGAGAGAGCUUUUGGGCAAAGCAUUAAUUUGGAAAAGUAUUUAGCUUAUUUCAGCACUAAUACUUCGGAAAGGCAAAAGGGACAGAUUUUGGAGAUUUUGGGAGUAAAGGAAGUGGACCAGUUUGUUAAAUAUUUGGGCCUACCAACUUUAAUUGGUUGGGCUAAGUAUAACACCUUCUCUGAUUUGAAGGACAGAGUUUGGAAGAAACUCCAAGGAUGGAAAGGAAUGUUGCUGUCUAGGGCUGGCAAGGAAAUCCUCAUCAAAGUUGUGGCUCAAGCUAUACCCACAUACACUAUGAGUGUAUUCCAAAUCCCUUUGAAAUUUUGCUCUGAACUUGAAGCGUUGUGUGCAAGAUUUUGGUGGGGUCAAAUUGGCAAUGGACGAAAAAUUCAUUGGAAGAGUUGGGAUAAGCUAAUGACUUCAAAGAAAGAGGGUGGAAUGGGGUUUCGAGAUUUGAGAGCCUUCAACUUGGCUAUGUUGGCCAGGCAAGGGUGGAGGUUGAUUCAAGGUAUUGAUUCGCUGCUUUAUCGAUGCUUUAAGGCGAGGUACUUUCCGAGAUCAUCAUUCCUAGAGGCUAAAGAAUCCCCUAAGUGUUCAUAUGUGUGGAGGAGUUUGAUGGCAGCACAACCAAUUCUUCAAGCAGGGGGGUUGUUUAGUGUUAAGUCAGCUUAUCAUGUAGCGAGGAGGCUCUUAACUGAUGCUAACUGGGGUGGAACAUCAAUGGAAGGUGAUGCAAAAAAUAUCUGGAGUGCCAUAUGGAAGCUUCGACUUCCAAACAAAGUGAAAGUCUUUGUAUGGAGAGCAUGCCACGAGAUACUCCCAAUUGCUGCAAAUCUGACCAUAAGAAAGUGUAACAGCCUGCUGCAUGGUGGUCGACUGAAGGUACCAAGUAGUUUAAAUACUCGGGCUGAGGAGUAUAUCACAGAGUUUAGAAGUGCACAAAAUCGGCUGGAUGUGCAACGAACACAGCAACCAAUAGGUGAUAUUUGGCAGCCACUGCCACUAGAAGAGUUUAAACUAAACUUUGAUGCUGCUGUGUUUUCAGAUUUAGGUAGAACAGGCUAUGGUGCAAUUAUUCGAAAUGAAAAAGGUGAAGUAAUGGCUGCUAUGACUGCUAGUGGUCCGAUGGUGUGCAACAGCAAUGAAGCUGAAUUUCUUGCUUGCCAAAAAGCUAUAGAGUUUGGAGUGGAUGCUGGAUUUUCGAGGUUGAUAGUUGAAGGGGACAAUAUCAAUGUUACUCAUGCUAUCUCUUCUUCUUUGGAAAACACUUCUCCAUUUGGCAAUGUUGUGGAUGACAUUCGCCAUUUGUUGCGGAGUUUGCAAUGGGUUAGUGUUGGCUAUAUUAGGAGGGGUGGGAAUCAAGUAGCACAUGUUUUGGCCCAAUUUGCUAGAAAUACUUUAGAUGAGGAUGUUUACUGGAUGGAGGACUCUCCCCCACCAGCAAUUGAAGCCUUGUAUCGUGAUCUUUCACUUCUUUAA